GGGAAUCCGAAUAUGAGUUUGAUAUUUGUGGUAGUCAUACUUAUCUGAAACGGGUCCUUUUCUUCUUUCUCUCCGAACUUCUUUCGAGAAAGAGAGAGACCAGUGCUUAGUGAGAGGAAAAGCCAGCGGCCAUGUCGGACGAGGAGCACCAAUUCGAGGCGAAGGGAGAUGCAGGGGCAUCCAAGACCUACCCGCAGCAAGCUGGAACCAUCCGCAAGAAUGGCUAUAUAGUCAUUAAAAACCGUCCUUGCAAGGUUGUUGAGGUCUCCACCUCAAAAACUGGCAAGCAUGGGCACGCCAAAUGCCAUUUCGUGGGAAUUGAUAUUUUCAAUGGGAAGAAGCUCGAAGAUAUUGUUCCUUCAUCUCACAAUUGUGAUGUGCCACAUGUUAAUCGUGUUGACUAUCAGCUUAUUGACAUCUCUGAAGAUGGUUUUGUCUCUCUUCUCACAGAAAGUGGAAGUACCAAAGAUGACCUGAAGCUUCCCACGGAUGAUGGUCUGUUAAAGCAGAUCCAAGAUGGAUUUAAAGAAGGGAAGGAUCUUAUAGUGUCAGUCAUGGCUGCAAUGGGAGAAGAGCAGAUUAACACAGUGAAGGAUAUCGGUGGUGGUGGUCCUAAAUAGUGAAAAGCCAGCCAGCCUUUUAUACAUUUAAUAUAUCUAUAAUUAAGGGAACUUGGCAGUUCACCUGAAUUGUUUGUUAUUUCCAAGUUUAGUGAUGAGUCAAGACAGCUCAGAUGAACCAUGUUUUUGUGUAUUGAAAAUUUGAAACCCUUGCAAAAGGUUCCUUCUGGUGAUCCUUGUGCGAAGGUUCUGCUCCUGCGCCACCAGAUUAAAGUUACUUUUUUUCGUAAUUUUAAAAAGAUAAUUAUGUGCUUAAUUGCUAACCUUCUUAUAGCUUGUGGGAACAAUUCCUUUGCCAUUGAAUAAAAUCACUUAUCCCCUUUGGCAUUUC